UUUAUCGGUUUUUUUUUUUUUGGGAAAGUCGUAUAAUAAUGGUAUAAUAUUUGCGAUAAACAAUUUGAGUGAAACUGCGUUGUUGUGUUUUAAGUUACGCGGGUUUGGUGGGUAGGGUGUGAGGAUGUCUGGCGGGGGCAGCGAGGCGUGGUGCUCCGGCUGGGGCCGCUGGCAGGCGCGGCUCGCGGCGCUCCUGGCGCUGCCGAUGCUCCUCACCGGUCUCUUCAACACCAACUACGUGUUCCUGGCUGCUCCCACGCAAUACAGAUGUCACAUACCGGAGUGCGAAGGGAACUUUACAUCGGGUUCACCAGCGUUAGAAAAAUGGUUGCCCGCGUGGUCGGAGUGGGCGCUGCCGUCCACCAGCGCUAAUGAUCGCUGCCACCGAUGGCAACCGCUGGACGGUGGCUGCACACCGAGCUCCUUUGACAACGCUACCGUCAUUCCUUGCGAGCGGUUUGUUUAUAAGACGAACAGCAGCAUUGUUGCUGAGUUCGAUCUCGGGUGCCAGGAGUGGAAGCGAUCACUUGUAGGCACCGUGCACAAUGUGGGCAUGUUCAUCUCGCUGCCGAUCUUAGGUUUCAUCUCGGACAGAUGGGGUCGUCGCGGUGCGCUGCUGACGAGCGUGUGCGGCGCGGGCGUUCUUGGCCUCCUCAAGUCCUUCGUCACCUCAUACUACGCGUACUUGUUGGCUGAGCUUUUAGAAACGGUGUUCGGCGCUAGCGUUUAUCCUUCCGCUUUUGUGUUAAUGAUAGAAUGGCUUGGCGUGGAGCAGAGAAUUCUGGCGAGCCUAGUGCUGGGUGUGCCGAUGGCGGCGGGAACAGCGUCGGUAGCCCUGCUCGACUACGUCACUAACUACUGGAGGCUGUGGGCCCGGUGCGCGUAUCCCAUAGCCUUCCUAGUGCUGCUGUAUCCAUGGCUGCUUCCAGAGAGUGUCCGCUGGUUGACCACUAGAGGCCGAUAUACGGAAGCUGUGCGGGUGCUCAGUCAGGUAGCCAAGUGUAAUAAGCUUGACAUUCCUUCCGAGGGCCUUGAGAAAAUGUUGCUCAGUGAAACCGAGCAGGUAAACAACAAAGAGGAUAUCACCGCAGACGAGGGCUUGUUUGCAGCCGUUAUCAAAUACCCAGAGCUCCGGCGUCGGCUGUGCGUGUGCUUCGCGUGGUGGGUGUCGGCGGUGUUCGUGUUCUACGGGCUGGCGGUGAGCGCGCACGCGCUGGCCGGCUCGGCGCACGCCAACUACGCGCUGGUGGCGGCGGCCGAGCUGCCCGCGCUGCUGCUCAACACGCUGCUGCUGGACCGCGCCGGCCGCCGCCCGCUCCUCACCUGCGCCUUCCUGCUCACCGCGCUCUCGCUCAUAGGGAUACCCUGCCUGCCUGACUCGGCGCCGCGCGCGGGCACGGCGCUGUACCUGUGCGGCAAGGCGGGCGCGACCAUGGCGCUGAACGCGCUGUACGUGUACACGGCGGAGCUGUUCCCCACGCGCGCGCGGCAGCGCCUGCUGGCCGCCUGCUCGGCCGCCGGCCGCCUCGGCGCCGUGCUCGCGCCCCUCGCGCCGCUGCUGGCGGUGUACGGCUGGUGGAUCCCGACGGUGCUGUUCGGAGCGCUGCCGCUGUGCAGCGCGCUGCUCACGCGGCUGGUGCCCGACACGCUGCACCGGCGGCUGCCCGACACCUUCGCGGACCUGCAGCCGCCGCCGCCAGCGCCGCCCGUCAGCGCCUGACCCUGCUGAACAGCAAUAAUCUCUAUCUACAUACAAAACAAAUAUUGUAUUAUAAUUUCAAGGUAUACGUAUGGUAUUAUUACUGACACUCAUAUCACUAGUUAGUUAAUAAGAUUUUUGUUUAAUUCAAAUAUUGUACAUAUUAUAUAUACAUAUAUAUUUAUUUAUGUUGUUACGUUUGUUUAUUUAAAAUUAUACGAUCUCAGAGACGGCUGUAGAUCAGUAGCCUUUGUUCUUGAUCAUGACACACAAAUUAGUUGUUUUUUUUCAACGAUGGGUCGAGUAUAGUGUAAAGUAAAAUGUUGGUCAACACUGAACAACAAGUGUGUACCUGUAUGUAAAACUCAGUAUAUAAAAGAAAAUAGUAAUAAUACAAAUAUGUAAUUUGGAAGAACAAUUCAUCAAUUAAAUAAUAAUACUAGAUAGAUAGAUAGAUAAAGAAUUUAUUUGCAUCACUUUGUGAAAAAAGAUAAAAAAAGAUACAUAUACAAAAAAUAAAAAAAAAACAAAAUCAGAAUGCAUAAAAUUAGUAACAUUUUUUUCCACGCGUGUGCCACAAUAAUACAAAAUGGUCACAACUCAGCUCUUUGCUUUGCCCUAAAAAGAGCAAAACACUGAUAUUCUGUUGUGGCCAAAAGUGAGCCGCGAAAUACCACUGAAAAAAAAAAUAAAAAAAAAAGAAAUAUAGAUCAAAUUGAACAAAUACUACAUAAUAUUACAAAUGUGUCUAUUUAAAUACCUUGUUAAUUAAAUUGUCAAGUGAUUUUAAAUUUUUAAUCCUAUUAUUAGUCGUAAGACUCAUUAUAUGGUCCGUGUGAUCCCGGCAUAGAAUAGGCCACUCCUUCCUUUCCCGUGGCUGUCGUAAGAGGCGACUAAACGAACAUAAUGGUCGAGGGAUGGACAGCAGCGCCCCUUUUUAAACAUUUCUGAAAGUUUAACUGCGGUUGACAAUUCGUUUGCCAAGCGCGGCAACUACUGGCGAAACUUAAGAGAGCGACAGUUAAGAGAUAACUUAACGUAGUUAACUACAAUAAACAAACCUCAUAUUUUAACAGUAAACGUAAUGUAGUAAUUAUACUUGUUAAUAAAUUGUUACACUUGUUCA